GCCCACCCGACCCAAGCCCAGCCGCCGCCCCCCAGUCGAGGCAGAGCAACCGGAGAGAGCCGAGAGGGAGCAAAAAUAAUAAUAAAAAAUGCUGCAGGUGGAGGAGGCGCUGGCGGCGGUGCUGUCCGCCGCGGCGGCCUGCCGCGCCGCGCCGUCGGCCGUGCCGCUGCUCGACGCGCUCGGCCUCGUCCUCGCGGAGGACGUCCGCGCGCCCGACCCCCUGCCCCCCUUCCGCGCAUCCGUCAAGGACGGGUACGCCGUGGUGGCCGCCGACGGGCCCGGGGAGUACCCGGUCAUCGCGGAGGCCAGGGCCGGCGACGACGCGCUCGGCGUGGUCGUGACGCCAGGCACCGUCGCGUACGUCACGACCGGAGGGCCGAUUCCCGACGGCGCGGAUGCCGUCGUGCAGGUGGAGGACACGGAGCAGGUCGCCGCCGCGCCGGAUGGGUCGAAGAGGGUCAGGAUCUCGGUGCGGGUACCCGAGGGGCACGAUAUACGCAGCGUGGGAUGUGACAUAGAGAAAGAUUAUAUAGUGCUGAAAUCUGGUGAGAACAUAGGUCCUGCAGAAAUUGGGCUACUUGCAACAGUGGGAGUAACUACUGUCAAGGCAUACCGUCGACCAACCAUUGCUGCAUUUUCUACAGGGGAUGAGUUAGUUCAGCCAGCCACUGCAACUCUCAAUCGUGGUCAGAUUCGUGAUUCUAACCGGGCCAUGCUACUUGCUGCUGCUAUUCAGCAGAAGUGUAAAGUGGUUGACUUGGGUAUUGCAAAAGAUACUGAAGAAAGUCUUAUGGAGCAUAUGGAUGCAGCUCUACGUUCUGAUGCUGAUAUAAUCCUUACUUCUGGUGGUGUUUCCAUGGGUGAUAGAGAUCUUGUCAAACCUUGCUUGGCAAAGAUGGGUAAAAUUCACUUCGAAAAGAUCCGGAUGAAACCAGGAAAGCCAUUGACAUUUGCUGAGAUCACAUCAAAUGACCCAACAAAGCCAUCCAAAACAGCUCUUGCUUUUGGCUUGCCUGGAAACCCAGUGAGCUGUAUGGUUUGCUUCAAUCUCUUUGUUGUUCCUGCAAUACGACUUGUCUCUGGUUGGUCAAAUCCUCAUCUGCAAAGAGUGCAUGUGCGUAUAUCACAUCCUCUAAGAGCAGACCCACAUCGUAUGGAGUUUCAUCGUGCAGUGAUCAGAUGGGUGCUUGACGAUGGAUCUGGUAGACCAGGUUACGUUGCUGAGAGCACUGGCCAACAAGCCAGUAGCCGCCUUCUAAGUAUGAAGUCUGCAAAUGCCUUGCUGGAAGUGCAAUCAUCCGGGCAGAUAUUGGCAGCUGGAGCAUCCGUCCAAGCAAUACUUAUUUCUGAUAUAACUAGCCCUCCUCUGGAUAAGCUGCCUGCUGCUUCCAGCCCCAUAUCAUCUCAUAUUGUUUCUUCUGCAAAAAGUGCUUCGGCGGAUGCGCCACAGGUUGCUGCCUCUCAGAAUGCCGAAGUUAAAGUAGCAAUUCUGACUGUUAGUGACACUGUUUCUUCUGGAGGAGGCCCCGAUAGGAGUGGCCCAAGAGCUGUAUCUGUAGUGAACUCUUCAUCAGAGAAAUUGGGGGGAGCAUUUGUUGUUGCUACUGCUGUGGUUCCAGAUGAAGUGGACAAAAUUAAGGAGAUUCUGGUGAAGUGGAGUGAUAUUGACCGUGUUAACCUCAUCUUGACCUUAGGUGGCACUGGCUUCACACCUAGAGAUGUUACUCCAGAAGCAACUAAAUCUGUAAUAGAGAAAGAAGUACCUGGCCUUGCGUUUGUUAUGAUUCAGGAGAGUUUGAAGGUGACACCAUUUGCGAUGCUAUCCCGAGCGGCGUGUGGGAUAAGAGGAUCGACACUUAUCAUCAACAUGCCCGGCAACCCGAAUGCUGUCGCGGAGUGCAUGGAGGCUCUUCUCCCAGCGCUGAAGCAUGCCAUGAAGCAGCUGAAGGGUGACAAGAGGGAGAAGAACCCCCGACACAUACCUCACGCUGAAGCCGCACCAGUCGACCAGUGGGAGCGCAGUUUCAGAGCUGCAUCAUCGGGUGGUGGCUGCUCAUGCGACCCCUGAUCGGCGCUCAUCCACAGGUGGUGGAACACUCCUGGGGAACCUGCUUUCGUGAUCCUGCUGCAUCCAGUUUCAAGCUGAAGCGGCGAUGGUUUCGGUUUUUCUCGUUAUGGCUAUUUGGUGACUCUUGACAUUUGAGGACCCGUGUGUAUGUGCUACCAAUAAAGCAGCGAGAGUUUCUUUCUGCUCUUCUAUCUAUCAGCCUAUUCUCUCACAAUGACAGUUGUCAUAUUGCCUGUAUUACACUGUAACGUAGUGAUGUAGUGAUCCAUGGAAAUAAAGUGCAGUACACUUGUUCAGAAAA